GGCCACGAUUUUGCUUCCAUAUUCUCUGGCAGAAGGCCCCUUUCCUAUCUCUCUUAUUCCUCAAUUAAUAAUUUUAAUCGGUUUGUUCAGCCUGGUUGCUGCGGGCUUGUAUACUACUUCACAUGAUACAUACUUAAUAAAUUUCUCUCUUCAUUACUUCGUGGCCUAGAAUCCCCUAAGAUGCAGCCACUUACUCUCAUGGUCUUGCUUUUUGCAAGCACUUCUUUCGCAGCAACCACCACAACCACUUCAGCAGGAAAGGCCGCUUCACAAGCAGCAGCUGUCAAAAUUGCUACGCCCAAGGUUCUCAAACCUGCAACUCCGCCUACCGCAACUGAUGUAAAAAACUCACUUAACAACUGGGCUACAUCUGUCAAUACUGUCAAUGAAUAUCUCGACGACCCAAACAACUCCACCAAACUCAAGAGCGCCAUCGCCUUUGCCAAAGACGAGCCCGUCCAACUGGCCACCUUGAUGAAAACACCCAAUCUCUCUCCAGACGGUAUCAAAUCCGCCAAAGUCCUCAUGGCCAAUUUUCCCUCCAUCGUCUCCAAUCUGCAAAACGUGCAAACAGGAGUUAUGACAACACAAGAUGCAACCAUGGCUGUAAACUUCAAUCGAUGCUGCACCGUACUCCCAAACAUUGGAAGUCUCUGGGCUGCAGCCACGAAUGCGAGUAAGGUACAACAGAGCCCGCCUCCAAAUUUAGAAGCGCAAUGUGGAAUGAUGAAUUGUAAUGCAGGAGUUAGUGGAGCGCAGGUCCAGGCGGUGUCAAAUGUGACGGGAUCGGCGAUGCCGUCGGGCCUUGCCCGGGUGAGAUGAAUCACGAGAUACGAGAGUUGAGAAGAGUUCGGGUUGGCUUGAAUUGGCUAGUAAAGAUUUCCUUCUGGUGGUGUGACUUGUGCGCAUUUUGAUUUCAUAUAUUGUAUAUUACUGGUAAAUUUGGAUAAAAGAAUAAAAAUGUCAAAAUAGAUAUA